GGGAUUCAGGAAGCGCCCCGCUCCUGGCCGCCGGCGCCGCGCGGUCCCGGAGGCCCAGCAGUGCAGCCGGGUCCGGGGUCAGCAUGGCGGAUCCCAGCGAAGGCCCCCGCACGGGAGCUGGGGAUGUGGCCGAGCCCCCCGGGGAGGAGAGCGGCACCCCUGGUGGGGAGGCCUUCCCCCUCUCUUCGCUGGCCAACCUGUUUGAGGGGGAGGACGGAUCCCCCUCGCCCUCACUGGCGGCUGAUGCUGGUCGCCCCACCAGUGCAGGCGAUGGGCGACCCAACCUGCGCAUGAAGUUCCAGGGCGCCUUCCGCAAGGGGGUGCCCAACCCCAUUGACCUGCUGGAGUCCACCCUGUACGAGUCCUCGGUGGUGCCCGGGCCCAAGAAGGCACCCAUGGAUUCGCUCUUUGACUACGGCACCUAUCGUCACCACCCCAGUGACAACAAGCGGUGGAGGAGGAAGGUCUUGGAGAAGCAGCCACAGAGCCCCAAAGCUCCUGCGCCCCAACCGCCCCCCAUCCUCAAAGUCUUCAACCGGCCCAUCCUCUUUGACAUCGUGUCCCGGGGCUCCACCGCUGACCUGGACGGACUGCUCCCCUUCUUGCUGACCCACAAGAAGCGCCUGACUGAUGAAGAGUUUCGGGAGCCGUCCACAGGGAAGACCUGCCUGCCCAAGGCCCUACUAAACUUGAACAAUGGCCGUAACGACACCAUCCCCUUGCUUCUGGACAUCGCCGAGCGCACUGGCAACAUGCGAGAGUUCAUCAACUCGCCCUUCCGGGACAUCUACUACCGAGGUCAGACCGCCUUGCACAUCGCCAUCGAGCGCCGCUGCAAACACUACGUGGAGCUCCUCGUGGCCCAGGGAGCCGACGUCCACGCUCAGGCCCGGGGGCGCUUCUUCCAGCCCAAGGACGAGGGGGGCUACUUCUACUUUGGUGAGCUGCCCCUGUCGCUGGCUGCCUGCACCAACCAGCCCCACAUCGUCAACUACCUGACGGAGAACCCCCACAAGAAGGCGGACAUGCGGCGGCAGGACUCCCGCGGCAACACCGUGCUGCACGCGCUGGUGGCCAUCGCCGACAACACCCGCGAGAACACCAAGUUCGUCACCAAGAUGUACGACCUCCUGCUGCUCAAGUGUGCCCGCCUCUUCCCUGACAGCAACCUGGAGGCUGUGCUGAACAACGAUGGCCUCUCGCCCCUCAUGAUGGCUGCCAAGACGGGCAAGAUUGGGGUCUUUCAGCACAUCAUCCGACGGGAGGUGACGGAUGAGGACACCAGACACCUGUCUCGCAAGUUCAAGGACUGGGCCUACGGACCCGUGUAUUCCUCGCUCUAUGACCUCUCCUCCCUGGAUACAUGCGGGGAAGAGGCCUCCGUGCUGGAGAUCCUCGUGUACAACAGCAAGAUCGAGAACCGCCACGAGAUGCUGGCAGUGGAGCCGAUCAACGAGCUGCUGCGUGACAAGUGGCGGAAGUUCGGGGCUGUCUCCUUCUACAUCAACGUGGUCUCCUAUCUGUGUGCCAUGGUCAUCUUCACCCUGACUGCCUACUACCAGCCACUGGAGGGCACCCCGCCAUACCCUUAUCGCACCACGGUGGACUACCUGAGGCUGGCUGGGGAGAUCAUCACGCUCUUCACCGGGGUCCUGUUCUUCUUCACCAAUAUCAAAGACCUGUUCAUGAAGAAGUGCCCGGGGGUGAAUUCUCUCUUCAUUGAUGGCUCCUUCCAGCUACUCUACUUCAUCUACUCCGUGCUGGUGAUUGUCUCUGCGGCCCUCUACCUGGCGGGGAUCGAGGCUUACCUGGCCGUCAUGGUCUUUGCCUUGGUCCUGGGCUGGAUGAACGCCCUGUACUUCACGCGUGGGCUGAAACUCACGGGGACUUACAGCAUCAUGAUCCAGAAGAUCCUCUUCAAAGACCUGUUCCGCUUCCUGCUAGUCUACUUGCUGUUCAUGAUCGGCUACGCUUCAGCCCUGGUAUCCCUACUGAACCCGUGCGCCAACAUGAAGGCGUGCGACGAGGACCACACCAACUGCACGGCGCCCACGUACCCCUCGUGCCGCGACAGCGACACUUUCAGCACCUUCCUCCUGGACCUCUUCAAGCUGACCAUCGGCAUGGGCGACCUGGAGAUGCUGAGCAGCACCAAGUACCCUGUGGUGUUCAUCAUCCUGCUGGUCACCUACAUCAUCCUCACCUUCGUGCUGCUCCUCAACAUGCUCAUCGCCCUCAUGGGGGAGACGGUGGGCCAGGUCUCCAAGGAGAGCAAGCACAUCUGGAAGCUGCAGUGGGCCACCACCAUCCUGGACAUCGAGCGCUCCUUCCCCGUGUUCCUGAGGAAGGCCUUCCGCUCCGGCGAAAUGGUGACCGUGGGCAAGAGCUCGGACGGCACCCCAGACCGCAGGUGGUGCUUCAGGGUGGACGAGGUGAACUGGUCCCACUGGAACCAGAACUUGGGCAUCAUUAACGAGGACCCAGGCAAGAACGAGAACUACCAGUAUUACGGCUUCUCGCACACUGUGGGCCGCCUCCGGAGGGAUCGCUGGUCCUCGGUGGUGCCGCGCGUGGUAGAACUGAACAAAAACUCGAACCCAGAUGAGGUGGUGGUGCCUCUGGACAACAUGGGGAACCCCGGCUGCGACGGCCACCAGCAGGGCUACCCCCCCAAAUGGAGGACUGACGACGCACCCCUCUAGGGGCAGCAGGCUGGGGCACAGUCUCCAGCCUGGAGCCCACUGCAACCCCUCCGCCCACCCAUUUCUAGUCCACCUGCAUUUCAGC